AUGAUCGCGGAGGCGGGACUGCCACGCACGGCGGUGGUGGGCGUCCUCGGUGGCGGACAGCUGGGCAAGAUGCUCGCGCUGGAGGCGGCUAAGAUGGGCGUGACACUCAAGGUGCUCGACCCCACGCCUGCCUGCCCCGCCUCAGUGGUGGCGCAGCAGACUGUGGGCAGCUUUCGUGAUUUUGAAGCAGUUGAAAAGUUCGCCGAGGGCUGCGAUGUGCUGACUGUGGAGAUUGAGCACAUCGAUGCAGACGCCAUGCAGGCGGUGGCGGAGCAGUCGGGCGUGGAGGUGGAGCCCACGCCACAGACGCUGCGCACCAUCCAGGACAAGUUCAGGCAGAAGCAGCACUUUGAGGCGGUGGGGGUGCCGCUGCCCGACUUCCGGGAGAUCAAGUGCAGCAAGUGUGCAGAGGGGGCUGGGCGCGCCUUCGGCUACCCCUACAUGCUCAAGUGCAAGAGGCUGGCGUACGACGGACGCGGCAAUGCGGUGGUGGAGUCUGAGGAGGGCAUUGCAGCGGCGGUGGCCUCCCUGGGUGGCUACGAGGCGGGGCUGUAUGCCGAGAAGUGGGUGCCCUUUGUGUGUGAGUUGGCAGUGAUGGUGGUGCGGUCGCGGGAUGGCAGCCUGGCCUCUUUCCCCGUCGUCCAGACCAUCCACAAGAACAGCAUUUGCUGGACGACAGAGACGCCGGCCAGGGUGCCCGCCGCCGCUCAGCGCCGUGCCAAGGAGGUGGCGGAGCAGGCCAUCGGCGCGCUGGAAGGGGCGGGCGUGUUUGGCGUGGAGACGUUUUUGCUGCCCGACGGCAGCGUGCUUCUGAAUGAGGUGGCACCCCGGCCGCACAACAGCGGGCACUACACGAUUGAGGCAUGCGCCAGCAGCCAGUACGAGGCGCACCUGCGCGCGGUGCUGGGCUGGCCGGCGGGCGACACGGGGCUGCGGGUGGGCGCCUCGCUCAUGCUCAACAUCCUGGGGGAGGCGGACGGGGAGGAGGGGGAGCGUGCUGCGCACCAGCUCAUGGGGCGCGCGUUCAAGGUGCCCGGCGCCAGCGUGCACUGGUACGGCAAGGCGGGCGUGGCGCCACAGCGCAAGAUUGGCCACAUCACAAUCGUGGGCAGGGACAACGAGGAGUGCCGCCGCCGCCUGCGCGCCAUCGACGAGAGUGACGGCGGCCCCUCUGUGGGGAUCAUCAUGGGCUCAGACUCCGACCUGCCCACCAUGAAGGCGGCGGCUGAGGUGCUGGAGGAGUUUGGCGUGGCCUGCGAGGUCACUGUGGUGUCGGCACACAGGACCCCUGAGCGCAUGUAUGAGUAUGCCCGCACCGCCCACCAGCGCGGCAUGCUCGCCAUCAUCGCCGGCGCCGGCGGUGCUGCACACUUGCCCGGCAUGGUGGCUGCGAUGACGCCGCUCCCCGUCAUCGGCGUGCCCGUCAAGCCCGCGGGCGCACACCUGGACGGCCUGGACGCCCUGCUGAGCAUCGUGCAGAUGCCCAAGGGAGUGCCGGUGGCCACGGUGGCCAUUGGCAACGCCGCCAACGCGGGCCUGCUGGCAGUGCGCAUCCUGGCGGCUGCCGACCCGCCGCUGCAGCAGAAGAUGCUGGACUACCAGGGGGGAAUGACGCAGACGGUGCUGGGCAAGGCGGCACGGCUGGAGGAUAAAGGAUGGCAGGAGUACUGA